AAAAAAUCUCCCACUUCAUGAUGCUCACGUUCUAUUAAUCAAUCCACAAUUCCCUCCCAAUUUUCCAUUUCCCCCAAAUCAAAAUCUGCCCUCCAAUCAUUUCGUUAAUCCCACCACCAAAGGCCAAAUCUCAACCAAUAUUAUUUUACUCAAAAAUCUCUACAAAUCCAAACAGACAAAACCCACCUUCUUGUUUUCUACAGCCAUGACAGAGGUCCUCCAUUCUCCAUCUUCAUCUUCUUCUUCUUUGCAAACCCACCAUGACACUGCAUUGUUUCAAUGUGUAAAUCAAGAAUCGGAAGAAUCAGUAGAAAGGGUUUCUAGGGUUACCGAUUGCCAAGAAGAUGACGACGAAGACGAUGAAUUGAAUGUUCGAAGAGAAAGGGAUAAUCAACAGCUGUCGUUAUUGGCACUUUUGUUUACCCUAUUCAGGAAAUCUUUCUGGGUUGCUGCUUCUUGCAAGACCACAGCUACAGAAGAGAAGCAAGAUCUUUCUGCUAUGGAGAUUGGAUGGCCCACUAAUGUGCGCCAUGUAGCGCAUGUUACGUUCGAUCGCUUCAAUGGGUUCUUGGGCCUUCCUGUUGAGUUUGAACCUGAAGUUCCCAGAAGAGCCCCUAGUGCAAGUGCUACAGUGUUUGGUGUUUCCACUGAAUCAAUGCAGUUAUCACACGACUUCAGAGGUAACAGUAUCCCAACAAUCCUCUUGCUCAUGCAGCAUCGCUUGUAUAGUCAGGGUGGCUUACAGGCUGAAGGUGUUUUUAGAAUCAAUGCAGAGAAUAGUCAAGAAGAACAUUUGAGGAAUCAAUUGAAUAGUGGAGUGGUUCCAAAUGGUAUUGAUGUGCAUUGUUUGGCAGGUCUUAUUAAGGCAUGGUUUAGAGAGCUACCGAGGGGAGUGUUGGACCCACUUUCAGCUGAGCGGGUAAUGCAGUGUGAGUCAGAGGAAGAUUGUGGUGCCCUGGUCAGGCUUCUACCCCUGACCGAAGCUGCCCUACUUGAUUGGGCAGUUAAUCUCAUGGCUGAUGUUGUCCAACAACAACAUUUCAAUAAAAUGAAUGCUCACAACAUCGCCAUGGUUUUUGCACCCAACAUGACACAGAUGGCAGAUCCACUGACAGCUUUGAUGUAUGCAGUCCAAGUAAUGAAGUUUUUAAAAACCCUCGUCACAAAAACCCUCCGUCAAAGACAAGAUUCACUUGUGGAAGUGGAACCCUCUGCAAGUCCGCCACAAAGGCCGCCAGAUGAGAACGACCACCACCACCACGGGCCGCCAUGUCUCCGCCACAGUGAAGAGGGAGAAAAGGAGGUGGAUUCUAGUGGCUCUGAGUCUGUUUUGUUGGAUAAUGUAACGGAUGAUGAUCAUCUCAGCUGCUCAACCUCCACUGAAGAAUCUUAUGGAACUGGGUUUUGUGAAACUCCGGUGGUGGUGGUGGUGGAGAAGACCAAGGGGAUUGUGAAUCUGAGCUCGAUAACCGCGCUGAUGGAGAGGAUUGAGACGUGGCGGUGAUCGGAGAGUGGUGGUGGUUGGAGGAGGAGGAUGGUGGGUGUAAGUAGUAAGUAGUAGUGAUUGUGUUUUAGGGUUUGUGAAGGGUUUGUAUGAACUUGUUUGUGGAAUUUCUUUUUUUAUCAAUUUAAAUUCAAU